AUGUCUGCACCAACUGGUUUCGUUCCGAAGAAGGUGAUGCCCUUCGAUGGCAAACUCUUCGAGAUCAUCGGUGCCGACGAAACCCUCACCAUUGCCAAACACCUGAUGACACUCCUGCCAAGCCUUGCGUUUCCUGCAGAUGCUGUCAUCCACGAUUCCGCCUGCGGUCUUGGCCCAGUCACCGAGAGCAUUCUAGCCACCUCGCCACCGUCCAGCAUCAAAAUCUUCGCCACAGACUUCGCCCCACCCAUGACUGCCAUAUACAACAGCAUCGCCGAGGCAAAGAAUUGGCCUUCCCGAGCCGAAGUUAUGGAUGUCCAACACCUCUCUUUCCCGGACGCAACUUUUUCCCACGUCUUCCUGUCUUUCGGUUUGCCUAUAAUCGAUGACCCUAUAGCUGCUGCUAGGGAGAUGUACCGUACCCUUAAGCCCGGUGGUACAGCUAUUACAGCUUUCUGGCUACACAUGCCACAGGGAGAGUGUGCUCAGAAGGUGCGCCGAGCAAUCUGGGGUCCUGAUGCACGGCUCAAUAUCGAACCACACCCAGAACAUAGCGACAAGGGGUACCUAAAGAGCCUCCUGGUCAAGGGCGGGUUCAAGUCUGAAGACUCUGUACUGCCGGUCAAGGACAUUGACGAGCUUGCCACCGCUAUCUGGAGCGUUAUCGGCCAGCCUCAGGGUGGAUGGGCUGAGGAUGAUGAGGAGAAAUGGGAUGAGGCUAUCACUACGUAUAAGGAGAUUCUGACCAAGGAACCUGGCUACCAGGUGGAUCAAGAUGGCAAUAUCGCCCUCACAGGCACUGCUCAGAUCGUCAUUGUUCGUAAAGAAGAGUAG